AUUAUGUUACCCUUAAAACCCUAUUUGCUCUUGCAAAAUUAGUUUGAGAUUAACGUAAUUUCCAGAAUCCACAGCUGACUCUUAUACAUUAACAAGGCUCACAUGCUCUUAUACUGCACUGUAAAUCUGUAACCUGAAAAUCUCUGUUAAUCAGUGUCUCUCAAAACUCAACCCAGACAAAAUGCUCUCAAACCAGCUGAGCUGUGACUUAUUAUAAUACUUUCAUUCUAAAAUAUUUUUCUACGUCUUCAUCCUUGUCUCCGUCCUGAUCUGUACCUCCCCUCUGGACCCAUAAAAUCAAUCUCAUUUAUCUUAGUGGAUGAUAUCUUUCUCGUCAAAGAUCAAGUAGUUUCAUCAGAGCUUUGGAGGUUUGACCCAACGCGUUAAGGAUUCUGCUGAAACUCAGAAACGAGAGAAAAACACACAAUGACAAGAGAUGUCAAAUCAGUUUCUGUAUUUCAGAUGAAAGCAGCAGAUUUACUGUACAUCCCAUUGUUUGCUCCUCCGGAAAAUUUCACACUUCAUUUUAUAGUCUGUUAUAAUGAGGAAGAGAAAGGUAACGAGGAGGAAAAAGGACUUUGCUCACAAACAUUUCACAUCGUGUGCAAGUCUUGUGAUGUUGCAGAAACGUUUCUGAUUGUCGCAGAGAACAGACGCUGAGUGACAUCUGUCAGGUAAAGACUACUCAGAAUUUCCUUUAUACAGUCCAACCUUUGUUUUCAGAAAACAUUGGGUUUUUUAAAUUAUUUUUAAACCAAGUAAUUUGCACUCUUUAGAAUAAACUGCACGACCUCCUGAGAAUCACUGCAAUCUGUCAUUCAUUAAGGGUUGUUCACUACUGAAGUUCUAAUGUUAAAUUGUAAAUCAAUUGGAAAAUAUUGAGCUUUAGUAAUGAAUGAAGGAAUCAUUGGCUCUCCAUCGUGUAUAUCAGGUAAUAUAGUUAUUAGCAAACUGUGUGCUGCUGCGACGGUAUUGGUCAUGGAGUGGAAGAGCAACCUGAGGCGCACCCAGUCGCUGAGCGGCCCCUUGUCAUGUGACCAGCCCACCUGGACAAAGGCAGGGCUGCAAGACAGACAGACAGCAUCUGUGUCGCAGCUGGUUGCCAGGUAUCAAACUACAGUGGAAGUGACUGCAAAUAUUCAAAAAACUGUAAAUAACAAUGAAGCAAAGAGAAAGCACGUGUUGAAAGAGAUAACUCCAUCUCUCGUGGAGACUGAACAGACUUGUCUGGAGGCUCUGUUGAGGAGAAAUGAUGAGAAGGAACGAUCUAGAGCCAGGAUCAAUCUGGCUCGCAGUAGGUCAGUGGGGAGCCUUCAAAACAGCGUCGGGACAAUUGAGGCCCUGAAGGCUCUGUUUGAGUCAAAGGCAGUGGCACAGAACAAGACGAAGGGCAGUGUCAGAGCUCCGAGUCUCCGGUCAUCCUGCAAGGAAGAGGACAUCACGCAGACGAUGAACGAGGCGAAGAGCCCUGCAGAGAAACCGACGACCCAAGUUCCUGCUGUCGCUCCGGUUAAUGAUGUGAACGAAGAUAACGUGACCGAGAAGGUGGUGAAUCAGACCUGGCUGGAGAGGAGAAAAACAAUAGGGGGUAUUGAUUUUGAAAACACUGCAGCCUCUCAGGCUGAUGAAAAGAGGAGAUCAAUUGCAGAUUUCAGAGACAGCUCCUUCAUCCAAACCAAGGAGAAACUCUGUGUCUCAGUCAAAGCUAUAUCUGCUCUCUAUCUGUCAAAGGUGGCACCUCAGGAAUCAACAAACAGCAUUUUAAAACUGACACAAGAUCAUUCAUUUGAACCCAGGGAAAGAGUCAAACUAAGCAAGAUGGCAGAAGAGGAAAAAGUGCAGAAGAAAUGUAACCUUCCUCCACCUCCUUCAACCAGAAAUGAGCCAGGGACAGAUGACAUCUCUGGGGCACAUUUCCAACAGUCUAUGCCAUCCCAGCUUUCUAAAGAAAAGUUACACCAUCAGCGGCAGAAAUGUGAGCUGAGAAGGCUCCUGAAGCACACUCACCCAGAGCUGAAGAUGUUGGAUGAUGUUGUGGAUGACGAGCUUGCUGAGGUUUUGAGCACAGAAACUGGGGUGACAACUGGUGAAACUGGAUACGAGGGAGAGGUCCUUUCAAGAUGUUUGUUAUUUGAGAACUGUGCCUUGAGUGACAAAGUAUCUCCUUACACUCCCCAGAGGCACAUGGCAGAGAGAACAGUGGAAAGAGGCAAUGUUGGUAAAUCAUCGGCUGUAUUUGAGGGGCAUGAUGAGAAGCCAUGUGGUGAAAGUGUUAAAGGGAUUGUGGAGGAUGCCAAAACACUGGGUUCUAGUCCAGAUCCUAAUACAGAAGGUGAGGAGGAGAUAAGAAUAGAUGUUCAGGCUACCAGAAGGAUGUUUGAGAGUCAGUCUGUGUUUGGAUGUACCAAACUAAAUCCAGAUAACAAGUUCCAGGGGAAAAUUUCUGUUUGUGGGGACGAGGCAGGGGCAGUCCAAAAAAGAAAACAGGAAUGCAGUAAAGUGAAUCUACACAGCAAAAACAAAAGCAGUGCAUGUACCAAAAGUCUUGAUUUAACAGAUCAAGAACAAGGACCAUCUGUUCACAGCACUAACCACAAGCUGUCUGGUAGGGAAGAGAUUUUCACUGCUGAAACAGUCUUUGAAGAUGAGCUGACAACCCUUCCUGAUCCCAAAAGAUUUGGAGAAGUAAUCAAAACUAGUGUGACUCUUUUCAAAAACAAUCCAUUUAUCCAAACAAAGAUAGAAAAAGAGCAGUCGUUUGUGCAUACAUCAAAAUCCUACAAACCAGUAGGUGACGGCAUGCCAGCUCAGGACUGUCUGAUCACUAAUGUCAAGAACAGAGCCCAUUUGUUUGAAUCUAUGCCAUUUGACAAAAUUAGGCAGCAAAACCAGGAUGAGCUUGAGACAAUGGUGGAGAACAUAAAGAAAACAUUAAAUUGCCUUCAUCACAUUAAUGCCAUACAUUCAGGUGGCUCAAUCAUUGAGGUGAAUGAAACAAUGAUAGCUAAAAAGGCCAAAUUCACACUGUCAGAGGGUGGACCUCUGAUAAAUUACAGUGAGGUGGCUGAAGGUGGUGCACAAAACUUCAUACUCCAGUUGCUCCCACGUGCAAACCUAAAGCCUCAGAUCACUUACCUAAAGGAGAACAGUAAAGGAAGUAUGGAGACCAUUAUGGUGAAUGUACCUGUGCACCAGCAUCAGUUCACUACCAACCAGGACACAGAGUUUAAAACUGCCAAUGUGGUGCAGGUUGUUGAGGAUAUUCUUAAUCAGGAUAACUCUUUGAGGAAAGGAGUUAUAAUCCAGGAGGAUGUGGACAGAUGUGCCGAAGUCAUUGUUUACUCCCUCUACAAUUAUGCUGAUCUGGAAGAUGUGAAAAGAUACUGUCCACAAAUUUCACAGUAUGAUGAUCCAGAGCCAAAAAAAGGUGAUGUGAGUAAAACACACGAUGAAGAACUACAAAAAGGUGGUACUGAAUCAACUAGAAACUACCUUCUUGAAACUUCUAAAGACCAAACCUGCCAAGAAUCAAUAAGGCCUGAAAUCACAACAAAAGGCAAUGUAAAACUGUUCAAGAGUUGCAUUGAAAGGGGAGAUAUGGAGUAUCUGAAAAGCCUUCAGGCACAGCCAACAGUGCAAGAACAAGAACUCUCCACUGACCAAAAUGUGGCUGGACAAGACAAGGACCUUCAUCGUGAACAGACAGGUGAUCAGACAGAGGAGAGUACUUCAGAAUGGGUCCCAGUGGAUGUACAAAGACUGAGAAACAUGUUCUCUGGAGAUCACAGACCAUCGCAACCAAGGCAAAAUGUAUGUGAAAAUCUUUUCCAAACUGCCACAAUUUCCUGUGCAUCCUCAGGUCAAAAUGUGCCUCUUGGAAAGAGCCAGUCCUCAACAGAAUUCAAGGUUGGUGUAUUCUGCUAUGGACAACCAAAUAAUAGCUUCACGUACUGUGAUGCCCAAACACAAAAAGAAGCUUGCAACUCUGCAGUUGUACCACAGGGAUCAUACCAACAUCUUGACUCGCAGGAUGAUGACAAGGUCCACCAGGCUGAAUUAGUCGAGGUGAUAGAUGAUGAUGAGAUCUCUGACCUGCAAAUUGCAAUACAUAGCCUACAACAGGCCACUAUCGAGGCCAAAACUUUGCAUCAGUCAUCACAAGAAAAACAGAAAUUUCUUGCUCAACAAUCUGCAAAGGAAACCGUAGUCUCAGUUACAACAGGAAAUGUUAAACACUCAAGAACAAAAGCAGAAUUACCUCAAGAAAAUGAAGACCAAAAAGACGACCCAUGCACAGAGCCAGUGUGGGAUGAAUUCUCCUCAGCCUCCAGCAUCACCUCAGAACAUGAACUGGACCAUCAACACGAGAAUACAGAGAUAUGCCGUAAAGACACUAAGUCUGAAAAAGUACAAACUACGGAGACAUGCAGCAAAAUGGAUCAAAAGUGCACAGAAGUGGUCCAGAAAUCUGUUAUGGUGUCUGUACAUAGUUCAGAAACAACAACUGCACAGCAAGAGGAUGAGGAAGUUGCUCUUCAGGGCAAAUUUCAAGAAGCUUUGAAUUCACUGGAGAGAUCCAAUGUUAAUGUCACUAGGGGAGAUUUCAGAGCAGCUAUGAUAUACAGAAACUCCUCCAAACCUCACAAAGAAAGGUCAGAAAAUGUGGAUGUUGAGUGUCUUGAAAAGUCCACCAAUGACGUGUUUUGUCCUGUGACUGAACCUAAAUCAGCUCAAGAACUGUUGAACCAAGAGGUCACCAAAUUGACUGCAGCAAAUUCAGAUCUUCCAAACCAAAGUGAAACCCUAAAUAAAGUAUCUACAAGAUCUACAAGUGCUGUCUUGGAGAAAGGCAGAAAGUCCGUUGGUCCAAAACCAGCAAUCCCACCUAAACCUGAGCAUUUGAAAGUGAAACAAAAAGACAUUCAAUCAACCAAUGCAAAAAAUCCUGAGAUUACCCAAACUAAUUAUAUAAGACCCAAAGAAGCAGUCCCUCAAUCAUUUCCAGUUGUUCAAGUACAUAAGCAAGACCUAUUCAAGAUUAACAAUAGUGUAAAUUCAAGGUCUGAUUUAGUGGACCUUCAGAGAAGUGAGCUUUCUGAUGAUGCUGUACCUGUGUCUCAGGAAACUGAAGUAAGGCCUCAAGCCCAAGGUUCAGUCAUCACCUUGGUAUGUAAUAACACAGAUGAAAAUAUUAUCAAUCAACAUCAGGAGAAAAAUGUGAUAGCACAUGAGAAAAACCCUCAGGAUUUCUCAGUCAAAGAGAAAACAAAUGAAACAGAUGAAAGCCAUGUAGAUUUUCAUGAAGAAUGCAAGAAAUUUGUGGGUAAAAAGACACUCUCAAUGAAGAAUGCACCCGUAAAGCCAAAAAGAGUAAAAAUUGCCCAGUCAGACAACAAAAAAACAGACCACGCGUCUGUAGAUAGUAAUUCCUCAAUUCUCACACAUGUGAUUGAAGAACCACAACAAUCACUCUCUGGUCAAUCAUGCAAUGACCCAAACAUCUGUGGACAAACUGCUGACAACAAAGACAAAGUUGAGAUGAGGGCAAAGAAAGGGCGAACUGAGACAGAGGACGAACGCCGACAGCGUCUGUCAGUUCACAUGGAUGAGAUCAUAAGAGGGAAUAUAACAGCAGCCAUGGAAAUUUUUGACAACUUGCGAAAGCAGGAGGAAUUGCAGAGCAUUCUCAGUAGAGUAGAAGAAAUUGAACAGGACACAAGCGAGGUUGACGUAGGGUCUCUGAGACGAGUAUUUGAGAAUGUCCCUGACUGGGUUGUCAGCUCUGACAAAAAGAAACAAAAGAAGGUAGAAGUAGAAAACAAAGAAGAGAGGAUUCCAUUAAUAAGAGACAACACCAAAAGCAAGUCCUCGAUGGCACAUGUUUUUGGGGAUCUUGAGCGAGCUAGUGAAGAAAUCAUUAAUCUAAAAGAACAGACUUUAGCCAGACUCAUGGACAUAGAGGGAGCCAUAAAGAAGGCUCUUUAUUCUGUCUCCACUUUGAAAUCUGACUCAGACAUUGCUGGUUUAUCAUGCCUAUUUAAAGAGUCACUAGGGAGCGUGGAAGGGUCCCCGUCCUCUGGUAAUAUUAGUAAAAUUAGCAUCGGCUCAAGCAAAACAAAAUCACUGCCGACACAGGUAAUUUGUACACCACAGGAAAACAAAGCUCUGUCUGUUAGUCAAAGUGCAAGCAUUGAAACAGCCUCUGCAAAACAACGAACAAGUCCUCCCUCUUCACCUGCCUUCAUCUCCAUCCAGUCAGCUGCUAGAAAGACAAAUAAAACAGAGGUUCCUCCUCCAGAGAACAAAGUCUGCCCAACAUGUCAACACGGCCCAAAGACAGAGGAGAAAUUCCGGACAACAAAAACCCUGACAUGCAACAGCCCUGCUCAGAACAGAAAAAGGGACCCCAAAAAGGGAAGUCAAAAACAAUCCUCUUACAACCAAAUGAACCCUAAACGAGAGCUCAGUGUAUUCGAGGUGCAGACCGACCAUGAGGGAAACAAUAUUAUGGGCACCAAAACAGUAACAGAGAACUAUGAGAGAACUGAUAACUUUGGAAACCGGUUUUACUCUUCUACAACUUCCACUUUUUUCACUGCCCAGCCGGAGUUGACAGCAUCCACAGGUCAGGCAUUGGUCAGUCCAGCUACGUAUCAGGUCACAAAGUAUCCCGAAGUUCAGCUGCCGAUCAAUCAGAAACCUUAAACCAUUCAUAGACAGGUGUGGUUUGUUCGCCAUUAGUUUCCAUAUUCUGAACGAGGAGGUUCUUUUGCACAUAAUUGUAUUUGCUAAGAUCUGAAUCAUGUUGGUUAUUAUGACUUGUUUGUACGUUAUAUUUUUACUUAGGCUUUUGUGAAUUUCAGAUUUUCUUACUGAUGCUUGAGUUUACUUUUAGCUUGCAUUCGUUGUUUUUGAUUUGCAUUUGAAAUUAAAUAUGUAUUAUUGGUU